AUGCAUCACAGAGGACAUUCGGGAUCCUUGCUAGAUAUCAUCUUCAGGGACGGUACCGAGAUUUCUGGUCUACUUCUACAAGUCCUCAAGCUGCGUUUUGUAGAUCAUGUGUCGUUGCAAGUGUUAUCUCUGGAAAUUCCUGCUGCUGACGACAUUAAUCUUCUCGAAUGGGUCACAGAAAACUGUUUUGAAGUCUCACAGCUUGAUAGAGCUCUCGAAGCCUUUCGGCUGUGGAAACCAUUGCUCGAUAAUACAUUGGCCAGUAGUGCAUUGGAAGGAGUACUCAUCGCUACUCCAGCACUACCACAGAACCUACUGGAAGGUACCAGCCAAGAGUCCAUGAAAACAGAAGCCUUCCACGUCAACACGAUCUACACCAAACCAGCAGUCGCCAAGCUGGCAGUUCAGACCUUUCGGGAAUUGGUUGAGCAAGAAAUAAACAAUGUAGAAUACCAACAAACAGCCAGCAGUGGUAUUCUAUGGGUAGAUGCAGGGGCUGGAUCUGGGGCUCUCCUGCAAAGUCUUCCCCAGGAUUCUUCCUUGGGUGUUGAUCUACAUCCUCAACAUUCGUCUGUACACGCUCGUGAUUUCUUUCAGGUCUCUACGCAGUGGCUGCAAGAGACUGCGCCAAAACCAUUUGAAUCAAUCUGCAUCAUUUCGAACCCACCCUUUGUGGAAGGAACCCGUGGGGAUUAUUCCAUUAUUGGCAAAUUCCUGAAGCAUGCCACGUUCCAACUCAAGGCAAGCUUCAUGGGAUUAAUUGUCCCUGCCAAGUUUGCCCAUGCCUGGAAGUCAUUUGGAUUGCCCAUUCGACUUGCCUAUCGGAUGCAUUUGCCCAAAGAUUCCUUUUACGAUCCAUCGACCGCGGAAUCCAAACACUUGCAAUGUUAUCUCCUCGUCUUUGAUCUACAACCAAAGCAACCAACAACCCUUUCCGGCAACCAGUCUCCAUUUCGGACACGGAUACACACAACGAACUUGAUGACGAUUGCAUUCACUGCUGUUGUUCAGGGUCUGGGUCGAGCUGGUGUGCCCUUGGGAUCAUCCAAACACAAGAACUCGAUCCCACUCAAGGCCAAACUCUCCAAAUCAUUGGAACUAUUUGUGGAACUCAACCCCAAACGACCCCUCUCAAUCGCCAAUUCCAUGUCCAGCCGGGUCCAAAACCACAGUCUAGGAUGGAUGUCCAAGUCGGUGAAACCUCCUGUGGCCUUGGCCAUGCACCAACUGUCGAGUGGAACGCCAGGUGACAACCAGCCAACGACAGCUAGUGUUGUGGUCGAUCUGAUGUGUGGAGAAGGAACACUGGAAUACGAGUCAAUGGAGCAUAAUGAUUCGCCGGCAAGCACCUUUCGCAUAGUUGGCGACAAGAGCCCGGAGGCAAUCGAACAGGUUGCCGCCCGGUGUCAUGAUCAAGAAUUAUUGAUCGAUUUUAUAGUUUGGGACGCUCAGAAUUUACCACUUCGAAAGGGGAUUGCCGAUGUGGUCCUUGGUGACCUGCCCUUUGCCGGUAGUAACAAGAAGAAACAUCAGACACCUGUUGCUGCCGCUACCAGCAGUGGCACGUCCGAUGUCUCUUGCAGCUACCCCAAGGUCCUGGCCUCGUUGGUCCGAGUGUUGACCCCUUCCGUGGGUCGCACCGUUCUCGUCAGUGCCGAUUCCAAAGCACUCACUCAUGGUACCUGGAAGUUUGCGGGGUAUUUGAAAGAGCUCUGGCAAACCAAGUUGAACAUUGGUGGCUUGGCGGGGAGGAUGUUAGUGUUGGGUCGGAAAGAUGCCAGCUGGAAGGAUAUAAAUUUGUUUGUGGAGGAAGGAGGGGUAGACCGUAGCUCGGUGAUUCUGACCAGAGCACGGGCUGUCUGCGGUCAGUUUUACUUGAAUGAUCUUUUGGAGCUGCAACAAGACACUACCAGCAAUGGAGGAACUAUAUCGUUGAACUUGCUGUCUCAGGUUCAAUUACGGGAAGAGUACUGCCAUGUAGAUCAAUCGUUGAGUCAAUGCUAUCGAUUCCACUUUGACCCCAUCGUAACGAAUGCUCAAGCGAAGGUCUUGGAAAAGGCGAUCCGACUUGAUCUCGAGAAGAAUCCGGUCAUUGGAACCCGCAUGUUUUAUAACAGAGAGGUUGCCCGCAUCUGA